AUGGAUUCAAACAAUUCAAACAACCUCAACAAACUUUUUUGGGAGGUGAUUGAAGAAGAACUUAUGGACAACACAGAUGAAGAACUAUUGUUGUCAAUGCUCGAGAAGGAACGUCAAUCUAGAAGUUCAUCAAGGCGAAAAAGAAGAUCAGUGAUAGAUCGGAAUCGUGAAGAAGGGCAUAUACGAUUAUUCAACGACUACUUCUCAGAAAAUCCAGUAUACACGGAUGCCCAAUUUCGUAGAAGGUUCAGAAUGCAUAGGCAUUUGUUUCUUCGAAUUGUAGAAACCCUUGGAAAUCAUGAUGAAUAUUUUCAAAUGAGGGUCGAUGCAACUGGUAAAAUGGGUCUUUCACCAUUGCAGAAGUGCACUUCUGCUAUUCGUAUGUUGGCAUAUGGAUCUUCUGCUGACAUUGUAGACGAAUAUGUUCGAAUUGGUGAAAGCACUGCAAUUGAGUGCUUAGAGAGAUUCGUAAGGGGCGUGAAUGAGGUAUUUGGGGCUGAGUAUUUGAGAAGGCCUAAUAACAAUGAUGUUGAGCAUCUUUUACAAAUGGGGGAGUCACGUGGAUUUCCAGGCAUGCUAGGUUCCAUUGAUUGUAUGCAUUGGGAAUGGAAGAAUUGUCCUGUUGCAUGGAAAGGACAAUUUUGUCGAGGUGAUCAUGGUAAACCCACGAUCAUGCUUGAAGCAGUAGCAUCACAAGACUUAUGGAUUUGGCAUGCAUUUUUUGGUAUUGCAGGUUCAAACAAUGACAUUAAUGUGCUAAACCAAUCUAAUGUGUUUAACGAUAUUUUGGAAGGACGUGCUGCUACUGUGCAAUAUACAAUCAAUGGGAAUCCAUAUAAUAUGGGGUAUUAUUUAGCGGAUGGUAUAUAUCCCGAGUGGGCUACAUUUGUCAAGACCAUUUCAAUGCCGCAAGGAGAAAAGAGAAAACUAUUUGCACAACACUAA